UUGGCAAGAUGACGCCGGGCGACUGCCCUCCCGAAAGUUCCGACGAGAUCACCAGCGACAGCUGCUAUGAUUCUACAUCUGAUUCUGGAUCAGACGUGUCUGACGAGGUUUGGCCUCCUGAACUCAACGACGACUUGAUAUAUCACCCCAUGUCGCAAGAAGAGCGAAUUCUCUCCCAAAUCGAAGAUGAGGAGUUCCUUGAGUCGUACAGAACGCCGACACUGUACAGCAGAGAUGCUGUGUGGCCGGACGAUGUUCAGCCUAUGCUCGACGAAUGUCCUAUGGAUGAACAAGAGUGGCUUCUCUGCGAGGAGGCUGACCGCGAAAUGGAACGUCAAGAGAGGGAGGCCGCUCGUGCGAAUGCGAUGCGAAACUGGGAAUGAAACCGUAUUCCACAUCUCUGUUUGGACUUUCUCUUUCUCCGCCCUUGACUUUCAUCUCUAUCCACGAGGACCAUCAUGCCGUCAUCUAUUUCUCCCCUUCCUGCUUCUCUGGUGUAUCCUUUUCUCUCUCUGCUACCGCCCUCUACGAUCUAGCCAUGAACUCUGCCACCGUUACUUCUUACCCUGUCUUCCUGCUUUCUGCCGCUCUGUGUUCUCUACAUCAUCCAUCGUCCGCUAUCGC